GGUCAGUUGCUGACAGUAAACCGAAUAAAUAAGUAAAGUCAACGUCUGUCUACUGCAAAGUGGCCCCUUUUAGAAGUAUUGAAGUCGGUGAGAAAUAAACAUGCCACCUGAAAUUGCAAGCUAGUUCUUCAUUGUAGAACCAUCUCCAGCUACGUCUGCUUUAGUUGGAAAUGGAGGACAAGUCCCAAACUCAUAUACCAAGAGUUCAACUGGGCAGCCAGGGAUUGGAGGUUUCUAGAUUGGGUUUUGGAUGUGGAGGAUUAUCAGGAAUAUACAACGCUCCUCUCUCCCAUGAAGCUGGAUGUUCAGUUAUUAAGGAAGCAUUUAGUAGGGGCAUCACCUUCUUUGAUACUUCAGAUAUUUAUGGUGAUAAUCAUGAUAAUGAAAUCAUGGUUGGAAAGGCUUUGAAACAGCUUCCUAGAGAAAAGGUUCAAUUAGCUACAAAAUUUGGCAUUGUCAGUUCCGACGGUUUUCAAUUUGGGGUGAAUGGGACCCCAGAAUAUGUAAGAACAUGCUGUGAAGCUAGUCUUAAGCGGCUGGAUGUCAACUACAUUGAUCUGUACUAUCAGCACCGUAUUGAUGUUUCAGUGCCAAUUGAGGAUACUAUGGGGGAGCUUAAGAAGCUGGUAAAUGAAGGAAAGAUAAGAUACAUUGGUCUAUCAGAAGCAAGUGCAGACACAAUAAGCAGAGCCCAUGUUGUUCAUCCCAUCACUGCUGUACAAAUGGAAUAUUCUCUGUGGACUCGUGAAAUUGAAAACGAGAUCAUUCCCCUUUGCUGGAGGCUUGGAAUUGGGAUAGUAUCUUAUAGCCCACUUGGACGUGGGUUCUUUGGUGGGAAGGCAGUUUUGGAGAGCUUGCCUGCAGAUAGUUUGUUGUCUAUGCAUCCAAGAUUCAAUGGGGAGAAUUUGGAAAAGAACAAACUUCUCUACAACAAACUUGCCAACCUUGCUGCAAAGCAUGCGUGCACUGCUCCACAAUUAGCUCUGGCAUGGCUUCUCCAUCAGGGCAGUCACAUAAUCCCAAUCCCUGGGACCACUAAGGUUAAAAACCUUGAUAUCAAUAUUGGGUCAUUGGAUGUGAAGCUUACAGAAGAGGAUUUGAAAGAAAUUUGUGAUGCUGUGCCCAUUGAUGAAGUUGGUGGGGAGCGAGAGUAUGAAGUUUUCUCAAAAUAUGUCUGGAAUUUUGCAAAUACCCCAUCCAAGUGAUCAAAUUUGUGGAAACAGAAAAUAAAUUCCAAAGCUUUAAAGUGCUUUUGUGUGAUGAAUUAGUAGUUUUCAAAAACUAAAUGUCCUCAAGAUGAAAGGCUGGUUCUGGAAAUUGUGAGCCUAACGUAGAACAUUCAUGAUUAACAACUUACAUCCUUUUCUGAUUUAUCAAACGUUUGAUAUUUCAACUUCAAUUGUAUACAGCUAAGAUACCUUGUCCUUGAAACAAACGGCGGGACCUCAAAAUCUCUGACUACAACGUUGUGCUGUGUGAGGGAAGCCACGUCCCUCCUACCACCAUGUAAGGACAAGACAGCCAUAAAUGCCCAGCAAGCCUUCCAAGCUAUCAAACAAAUGACAUUGACAGAGCAAGAAACAAUCUCACUUUUUUUCUGUGUCUGCCAUUACUGAUUUAGCUUAAAUCCUCAAAAAAAAAGUGAAGAGCUUGAACAAACGUGACCUCAGAAAUCACUGGCUGCUGCAGAGUGGUGUCUGCAGCUGCCACGUCUCUCACUCCACCUGUGUGGACUAGAAAACCCACGUGGCAAAUUCUUACUGGGGAGGCAAAUGAGUGACGUGGUGCCAAAAUAUUCCGUUCAUGGGCUUCCCCCCACUAGGGCAAUUACCCUAUAAAACGCCACUCAAGGCAUGCAAAUUAAAUAAACAAGAUCUCCAGAACAACCAAGCCUUCAAGUCUUUCUAUAUCUCUUCAAGUCUUUCAUUGAAGCAUAAA